AUGUUCAACCCCAGUGAUUUGGAAGGUGACGUCGACCACUCCUUUUUCGACAGCGACUUCGACGACGACAGAGGCGGCCGCGGAGGAGGAAGAGGAGGCGAGAGCGAGGAAAAUGCGGUUGAAGAAAACUCGUCCGGUCGAGCGCCCAGUCGCUCGUUCGUGGCGUUCUUGGCCAACGAAACGGCGGAGGACGCACGCAGCUUGAGUAGCGCGGAAGAAAACCGGGAGAAAACCUCGGCGUCACGAGCAGCCAGCAAGUCUCCUAGAGACAAACGGCGGGCGAGUUCCUCCACCUCCCGCUCCAGCCGCCGUAGCACGCGCAGUGGCUCGCUGAGAAGAGGUAGAGAGCCGUCCCCGCGCGUCCCCAGCAGGGCGUCCAACAGGUUCUCCCUCGCCGACGAUUCCGACUAUACACUGAGGGACGAGGUCAGUCCGGGCUCGUCACCUUUCCAACACCUCCAGUUCGCGGAGCCUGAGGACGGCAGUCUCAAGGGGCAUCGGCGGGGCAGCGCGCACCCUAGCCGACCCAGCAGCCUCCUUCGUCCGGAAGGAAAUGCAGACGCAGACUCAUUGGCCAGCGGGAGUGUCGUGCAGGAAAACCUGAUCCUUCACUGCAGAGGACGACCAGGCAGGAAGAACUUCACCUUCAAUAACAACGAAGUGCAACGCAUCGACCACGAGAAUCAGCGCCUCCUGCGGGUUCUGUCCCGUAUCUCCUUAGCACCUGGCGCCAUCGUGACCCAGUUCACCCGCAAAGCCACCACCCCGCACGUUCCCCACAGCUCAGUCAACCGCCUGCGAGAGCAGAAACGCAUCGAUAAGGACAACCAAGCCCUUCUGAAAAGGCUAGAAUAUGUCAAAUCGACUCCGGGACUGAAGCGUUCGAAUCAGCUGUCCGACUAUCAGCGCCAAGCAAGAUUUCAGGCGACACCAUGUGAAGUGUGUGAUGCCGCCACCAACAGACUUCCAUCCAGUGUGGCCGCCAUGAGCUCCAUACGGGGCAGUACCUCCCAGAUGGGAACACGGGCCACCUCAGCCAGCUCCAGCGCAGCCAGGUCCAAAGCGCUCCUUGCGGCUCGCCCACCUUUUUGUUGUUAG